UCCCCAUCCUUGAUCUGUAUGCGCUAUGAACGGUGUACGUGGAUAUUUUCCUCAGUGUUUUAUAGCCUUUACGUACCGGCCUAGUUGAGUCGUAACGAAACGACAAGAAGUCCCUUUAUUUGUGAUGAUCGUUUCUACUUGUUGUCUAUGGACCGGAUCCACCAUACAAUGAUAAGCACUGAAGAUAUGUCCCCGUAGCAAAUGGGCCGGUAACGAACGGAUAUAUCGAACAUUCUCCUAUAACGAGAAGGUCAGAGAAAACGGAAACAUGAAGAUCUGGAGUACAGAACAUGUUUUCAGCUACCCGUGGGAGACGGUGAUCAAGGCGGCGAUGAGGAAGUACCCUAACCCCAUGAACCCUAACGUGGUGGGGGUGGAUGUGUUGGACAGGAACCUGGACACUGAUGGACGGCUCCACAGCCACAGACUCCUCAGCACCGAGUGGGGCCUGCCCGGCAUCGUACGAGCGAUCUUGGGGACCGGUCAUACCCGGACGUACGUCAAGGAGCACUCCAUCGUAGAUCCUGAGGAGAAAAAGAUGGAGCUUUAUUCAACAAAUAUAACUCUAACCAAUCUGGUGUCGGUGGAUGAAAGACUGGUUUACAGACCUCAUCCAGACAACUCAGAGGUGUAA